GCUUCAAAGAGGACAUCUUCUGUGAAAUGAUGAAAAAAGAGAUGGCUGCAAUACAGCAUCCCCCUACAGUGUGAAGCCCUCAUUAAUCUGAUGGAUACUGACAGCUGAAUUGACAGGACCCUGUCAUUAUACCAAGUCCUCAACAAGCUUGUUAAGCAGAGGGCUGGAUUCUGUGCAGUAGUCCUGUCUGUAGUCCUGCCUGCAGGAGCAGAUAAGCUGACAGAAGCAGUAGGUCUGAUGUGGAGGCAGGGCUGGACCUUGUGACCUAGUGCAGGGGGAGGGACACCAUGAUCUCCACGGCACUCCGUUGGCUGUUUCUGGUGUCCUUCAUCGUGGUGACCAUCGGCGGGAACGUGCUGGUGUGUUUGGCCGUGGGGCUCAGCCYCCGCCUGCACCGCACUGCUAACUGCUUUGUUGUGUCGCUAGCUGUAACGGAUCUGUUGCUGGGCCUGCUGGUGCUGCCCUUCUCUGCCUCCCUGGAGCUGCGGAGUGGACACUGGCCCCUGGGGGGCACCCUAUGUAACAUCUAUGUGUCUCUGGAUGCGAUGUUUUGUACGGCCUCCAUCCUGACUCUGCUGGCCAUCAGUGUGGACCGUUACCUGGCCAUCUCAGCCCCACUCUGCUACCCCCGCAGGGUCACCCCUCCCCGAGUAGCCCUGGCCAUCACCACCAUCUGGGUCACUUCCAUGGCCARGUCCUUCCUCCCCAUCCACCUGGGCUGGAACACGGCUGACUUCAGGGUGCAGAACCUGGACUGGGGCAUUUGGGACGAGGUGGAGGAGGGACGCACCUGCCGCUUUGAGUGGCAUAACAACUACGUGSUCCUAGAUGCAUUUGGCACCUUCUACCUCCCACUACUGGUCAUGUGCGGGAUGUACUACUGCAUCUUUCAGAUAGCACGCAAACAGGUACGGUGUAUCCGAGCUGCCACACCCUCAUUCGCCCCCACAGCAUCAGCGGCGGCCACAGCGCGGGAACACAAGGCCACAGUGACUCUAGCAGCAGUUCUGGGGGCCUUCAUUAUCUGCUGGUUCCCCUAUUACACCUUCUUUACCUGCAUGGGCAURGGGGCAGAGACUAACCCCCCUACUACUGCCCACUCUGUGGUGCUGUGGCUGGGCUACUUUAACUCCGCUGUCAACCCCAUCCUGUACCCGGCCUUGAAUAGGGACUUCCGCAGGGCCUAUGGGGAGCUGCUGUGCUGCAGGGGGCCGCGGUGGAGACACAUGUCCACAACUAUCUGCGUGUCCUUGCAGAAACAAGUMCCCCUCUCUAGCAAACACAGAGACACUCAUCUGACCAAUGGCCACACAGACACCCUCCCUAAAGACAAUCAGCCAGAGGGAAAGAGCCUCACCCCUCAGAAGACCAAUGGCAGCAACAUUGCUGACCAGACCUGGUACAGAAUGUCCCGUCAGAGGUACAGUAUGUUGGAUGGCUUCCAGGAGGUUGGCAGAGGGGACACAAGGACAUCUGGAUGACAGGCAUCCCGGCUCCAUAUGGGAUACCUGUCCACCUUUAAAUAAUGUACCCCUGCAUCAACAGCCAGUUGAUGUAGUUCCACUGGGCAUAGGUUCCCUCACGUCAGUGGUUUCUAAACCUUUUGGUGUCGUGACAUCUUCCUGUGGUCCUCAGAUUAACAUAACUGUUUCCUGCCACAGCCGACAGCCCAAUCUGUGARCCAGUAGAAAUAACUGACCUACUGUUUGACAAUUAUUAGCUCACAUCAACCCCCACAUUCACAUGUGCUGCCAAGAUACACUCACCUGUGCUGCUAUUAUAUGGCAUGUGACAUUCACACCAUGAGACAUUACUGUUGGCUGUAUCAGAAUGUAGUGUAAUUUGUCCACUGGAUUUGUAGACUUUGUUUGUCUGACCAUGUGACCUCAUAUUGUACAUACAAUAGUUCAUGAUAUAAGUGAAUGACAUUUUUCAAAAAGUACCCGCACAAUAAAAUACUCUCAUUCACACUCAUACACUUGCAAACUACGUACUUUGUCUGCAAUGACUUCUAUAAAUGACAUGUCCCUGCCCUCUAGUGACCAAAUGUGUCAUCACACUCACCCUUACAAGAAGAGGUGACAAAAUCAAUUGUAUCAGUAUCUGUUUGUACAAAUCAUUGUUACAGACAUAUGUUUAUCUAUAAUGUAUUAUACAUGUACAUAUGACCAAUUAUAAUGACCUAAUAUGUCCUGGUUAUUGUUGAACUGCAA